ACGUCGCACGUCCCGUGUCUGUUGAUAACCCAAGCGAUAAGGAUCCUAAACAAAGCCACGCACGAACCUUCCGUCAUAUCAGCAGCUGGUACUCGGCGGCCUGUGUCACCGCUUCUUUGCUGCCCUACUUCCAGCCCUGUAACGACAUCGUGCACCGUGCGCGAUUAUCACAGUGAGGCUUUUAAAGUUCUUCCACAUCCAUCAUGGCCACACAUCACGUUCGUCACCCGUCUCAUCAAUCCAAAAAGUCGCAGCCAGCGCACGCACGGCCCUCUAGGCCUCUGUCAAAGCGGACCCAGUCCCACGGAAGCAAAGCCGCUUCCAAAGUCGUUCAUUACAAAGAGACUGCAUCCGACGAAGACGAGGACUCAAUGGCCGUGAGUUUUUUGAACUACUGCACCGUCUGCGAGAAGCAAAUUAUUGUUCCCAGUAACUCUGUGCUCUAUUGCUCGGAAAGCUGCAAGAAGAAGGACACCGAGAAGAGCCUUACCUAUUCAUACGAUCAUUACUCACCGCCAACUACUCCAUUUGCCAACUUCACAUUCGACGAUUUUGCCUUUCGCGACAUUGUACCUCAGCGCUCCCCCACUCAGCCUGAGUCAAAACGCUCGUCAUGUGCCUUCUCCGACAUCUCGUCAGACGAUAACAGCGUCGACCGGUGUCAGCGUUUCGACUCGGAGGCAUCAAAAUAUCUCCGCAAAUUCCAAUCACCUGCCUACUUCCCCGAUACCGUUCGACCGCGCUACAGCCGUAACUCUACUUCACAAAUCAGCUUUAGCGCCGCCCCCUCGCUGUCACAUACCCCAGCCUCGUCAGUGAGCUACUCGCUGCCAUACACGCCCGCCACUACGCGACCUCUUCCACCCAGGACCAAGCCGUCGCAUAGUGGGUCUUACGGAGCCAAAUCGAUUGACCUCGUUACCCCAGUGACGGCUCCAUCGAGUCCAAAGUCCUAUUCGCACAAAUCGGCGGCUUCCAUAUCAAGGACGUCUCCUAGUACAGUUGAAGGCGAAAUUUUCUACGCCAAGUCACCAGUUCCUGAGCCAUCAUUCGCUAGCGGCAGUCUUGGUCGAUUACUUGCUUCAACACCUCGUUAAACAAGUGCUGUCUCGAGGACGCUUGAUCACAAAUCGCCCCUCGGGUUUUUUAACACAUCCUAUUUAAUAGCAGGCCACGAGCGCAUGGCUAUGCGGGCGUAGCCUCGAUACUCUUGGGACACGUACAUUCCGUUUCCACAACAAAA